AUGUCACAAUUGCUCUACAGACUGAUCACAUCCGAUCAUUUCAGUGACGACCCCUUUCUUGCUGUGGCAUAUCUGGCGUAUGGAGAAGAAGUCCCCCUGAAUCUUUUUGUCGUAUGAACCUUCUUCCCCGCUGACAAGAGAGCACGGAUCGCAGCCGGUACGCCAAACAGAUAGGAGUCCACCAUUUCCUCUGCACAAAGCUUCGAGAGUUCAGUUAUCCGGAGAUCGAGUUCUUCCUGCCACAACUGUGUCACUUACUCGUAAGCAUAGAGGACACGGAGUCUGUGGCUUUGGAGGAGUUCAUUUUCGAACUGUGCGAACGAUCAGCGCAUGGUGCCCUCUUGGUAUAGCUCUCUUGCCGCCGUCAGCCUUCUGGGUGGUGCAUGGAUGUCUGACAGAUACCCACAGAUAUUCUGGCUUUUCCAAACACAUCUUCAUGACCUUUCCGGGAAUCCACAGUCGAACGCUUUUAAGGUAUGGAAGCACAGAGACACGAAAAUGCAACCAGCGCAGGGCCACCUAACAUUGUCAUGGUGUAGACAUGCAGACGCAUUUGUAACAAGGUACAGCACAUCGUUUUUGGUGGGGAGGAGAUUAGGAGGCGGGAACGGUUAAAAGAGAAUGUCCUUCCGGUUACUCUGCUAGCCAGCCUUAUCCUCGGGAGUGUCGCUGCGCCCAUAUUGCCAAGGUUCGCGGGUCCUCUCGCUGUGGCUCAGGCACGGAAACCUAGGAAUCCCCCUGGCUCGAUAUCAGAACUUCCGAGACUUGCCAGGAGCAAGACAGUUGCCCCCAGGCCUAACUCCCGCCCCAAAAAGGAACGAGUGCCGCGAAGCCAGAGUUCAAAGGGUGUCGAGGGGUCUUCCAGGCCAGCCUCGCGCCCCAAGUCGCCGAAUCCUCAACAGGUUAAUGUAGGCCCUUCGAAAGCCGGAACCCGAUCGUUUUCGUUAUCUAGGAGGCCGUCAAAGUCUGGCAGCUUGGAUGUUCCGCAUAUACCCCAGAGUUCUUCCUCGCUACCGGACCUCCGGAUCCAACGAAGUGCAACGGUUGCAGAGUCGAGAUCUGGGGCAAACGGCCGUCGGACAGGGAAGGGUAGGCCACUGGCGCCUUCGCUUUUGUCAACCUCACAGAAAGUUCGCAUGCUUAGGGACAAUUAUUUCAGAAACGAGACGCAAUUCUUGUCUGCACUGGAGGAUAUAUCUAACAGGCUGGUUUUGGUGCCUAAGCCUGCGCGAUUAAGUGCCCUGCGUGCGGAACUGGCUUUGUUGAACAAUGACCUACCUUCAGAAGUGGAUAUUCCGGUAAUUUGCCCGGCAACUGUGAUUGAAGGUGGUACGACGACCGGACACCAUAGGGUGGUCAGAAUCAACCCGGCCGAAGCUACCGUAUUAAACAGUGCGGAGAGAGUCCCCUACCUGCUGAUGGUCGAGGUACUACGGGACGACUUUGACUUCGAUCCCGAAAAGGAGGAGAACCAGAGGCUAUUGGGGGUACUAUCCGAGGACGGGGGAAAGAAGAGGAUAUUUGAUUUGACCGAUCCUCCCCCAGGCCAUUAUCGGGGGAGUAACAGUGAGGGUGAAUCUGAUAGUGUUUUCGAGCCAUCCAAGGGCGAUAUUGGAACAUCAUCGACAAUAGACGACCCAUACGACCUUGAUACCCCUCGAGCCAGUAGCUCCGACCAAUCGAUCGCUUCCACGGUGACCCCGCCGCAUCUGCCCCGGCUCUCCAGUGGUGCAACAACAUUAUCAACGGCAUCACCGAUAAUGACUCCUCGGUCUUCUGAGCUUUCCUCAUCAAGCCGCUCCGGAAGCCCCGCACCGGGGAAGAAGUCAGCUUCCUACUCUCUCACUCGAUCAGGAGGGGAGCAACCCGAUUUGUCGGCCCUCGCGACACAUAUGCGAACUGCUGCACAAAUGCUGGCCCAGCUAGAUGCCAGCAGUUCUAAAACGCCAAAGAAUGAGGUGGCAGCUAUCAAGGCUAAAAUUAUUGCCAGUAUGCAAACCCUAGAGGAGCAGAGCUUCUUUUUCGAGGCAACCGCACCUCUCCCAACAUUUGAUACUAUUAUGGCAAACACUGCAGCUCCUCUGGCCACAGCAAAUGUGGAAGAAGUAGAGGACUCAACUGCCAAUUUGAAUGCUGGGGCUGGUGCUGCCCGUAUGGAGAACGAUCAGAAGACCUCAGGCGUCGAGCGGAAAGCGGACAGAGACGACCCUAGUGCAGCAACCUUUGGAGAGGAGUGGAGCGCAAAGAGGGAACGAAUCCGGAAAUCUUCCCCAUAUGGUUGGUGUAAGAAUUGGGAUCUAUUGAGCGUAAUCGUGAAGACAGGGGCCGACCUGAGGCAAGAGGCAUUCGCGUGUCAGCUUAUUCAUGUUUGUGGCAAAAUUUGGGAAAAGGCCGAUGUGCCUGUAUGGAUAAAAAGAAUGCGAAUUCUUGUCACUGGAGAGGUAGGUUUACCUGAAUACACAUAUUUACAAUUUUUCCCAUGCGCAUUUCGUACUGACACUGUGCAGUCGUCGGGUUUAAUUGAGACAAUUACAAACGGAACUUCUCUACACUCCCUGAAGCGAAGUCUCACCAUAGCAUCCAUAGCCUCUAUGAAGAACCCUCGGGGGCGAAUUGCAUCACUAAAAGACCAUUUCGUCAAGGUAGGUUGUGCUCUGCAUAUACUUUUCGGUAUCGACUGAUUCUCGAAAGACAUUUGGCGAGCCUGAGUCAGAUACGUAUAAAGCAGCAGUAGGCGCGUUUACACAGUCACUGGCAGCGUACAGUAUAAUAUGCUAUAUUCUUCAGUUGAAGGAUCGACAUAAUGGUAAUGUCCUAAUCGACAAUCAGGGCCGUAAGUCGGAUGCUCCCAUAUGCCCAUGUAAGGUGCUUAGACCCAACCACAGAUAUCAUUCAUAUCGACUUCGGGUUCAUGCUGUCCAACUCCCCAGGCUCCGUAGGCUUUGAGUCUGCUCCAUUCAAGCUCACUCAGGAGUACGUCGACGUCCUCGGUGGUGCCCAGUCGGCUGAGUUCGCCAAAUUCAGAGCAUUGUGUAAGCAGGCUUUUCAAGGUAAUUCCCAGACUCGCUCGCCAACACAAGAACUACCCGGCCUAAUAUACUCUGACCUAGCCCUACGGAAAUCAGCAGACAACAUUGUUCUCCUCGUUGAGCUAAUGGGCAAAGAAUCCCGAAUGCCCUGCUUUGCUUCCGGCGCGGAGUAUGUAACAAACCACCUGCGGCAAAGGUUCCAGUUACAACUCAGUGAAGCUGAGGCGGAGACUUUCGUUGAUGAUGUCUUGAUACAAAAGUCCUUAGGAAGUUAUUUUACGCGGAUGGUACCACCUUUCCCUCCUCCCCCACUACCCCCCACCCUUCUAGGAAACUAGCACUAACACGGUGAACAGUAUGAUCAAUUCCAAUACCUCACCCAGGGCAUCUAUUGAAGCUAGUAAUUUCCCUACUCUUGUAUUCGGGGGGGGGACUCUGUAGGGACACCUCAGAGUGUGCACGGACUGGAGAGUAAAAAAAGUAAUAGAAAUAUAUUUUUAAUGUAUUUGGUGUGCUUCCUUCCUUUUUUUUUUCGUGGUAUGAGAUGGGAUAAGUGGGCGCUUGUACAGUACGAGUCCAACCUUGGGGAGGUGGUAGUGAGGCCCUAGAAUAUAGCGUUUGAGAAUUUUAGCGUGGUAGAGAGUAUGAUGAAGGGGGGCGAGGAGAAAGGAGGGGAGGUAGGUAGAUGGUAGUGGUAUAUAUGGCAUAUAGCCUUACGAUACGAGACGAUAAAAGACAUCGACCGGUAUUAUACCACACCGUGAACUAAGUUUAAAUUUUCCUCCUUCCUUUUCUUCCUCUCCCUAGAACAGGACAUA